UCCACGCGUGCAGUCUGGAAAGAGACCAACUUGCAAACUUUUACCCCAAAAACUUGGAUUUAUUUCAGUUUUUUAAACCAAAAACAAGAGACAGAAAAAACAACUUGCUCUUGCUCCAAGUCUGCAACUUAUUUUUAUUUGUAAUUCUUGUUUGUUGUGUUUUUGCUGGAUUUGAGAUUUGAGGAGGAACCGCGGUGGAGGACAUGCCGGGGUUUGUGGGUUUGUUGGCCGCCUUUGCGUGCCUCUGGGCCGGGAUGAGGAGCUCCGGAGCCUCGGUGGAGCUGCGGAGCUCCGGGGAGGAGGGGGCGGUGUCCGGAGGGUGUCCUGCCCGCUGCCGGUGCUCGGUGGACGGGCUGCUGCACCGGGCAGACUGCUCCGACCUGGGGCUCCGGGAGACACCGGGCAACCUGAGCGUGUUCACCUCCUACCUGGAUCUCAGUAUGAAUAAUCUGACGGCACUGACGAGCGGAGCGCUGAGUAACCUGCACUUCCUGGAGGAGCUACGUCUGGCUGGAAACGACCUGUCAAUCAUCCCCAGAGGAGCGUUCAGCGGCCUGUACAACCUCAAAGUGCUGAUGCUUCAGAACAACCAGCUGACGUCUGUUCCUGCCGAGGCCUUCAACAACCUGCACAACCUGCAGUCACUCCGCCUGGAUGCUAACCACAUCUCCAGCAUUCCCUCCGGAUGUUUCUCCGGCCUGCGCUCGCUCCGUCACCUGUGGCUCGAUGAUAACUCUCUGACGGAGGUGCCGGCCGCCGCCUUGAACGAGCUGCCCGCCCUGCAGGCCAUGACCCUCGCUUUGAACCACAUCAGCCACGUACCAGAUCACGCCUUCAGCAAACUGGGCCGCCUGGUGGUGCUGCAUCUCAACAACAAUAGGAUCGUUUCCACGGGAACGAACUGCUUCCACGGACUCCACAGUUUGGAGACGCUGGAUCUGAACUACAACAGUCUGGUCGAGUUUCCAACGGCGAUCCGUUCGCUCGGUCACCUGAAGGAACUUGGUUUUCACAGUAACAACAUCCAGUCGAUCCCGGAGCAAGCCUUCAUCGGGAACCCCUCGCUGAUCACCAUAUUUUUCUACGACAACCCGAUCCAGUCUGUUGGACGAUCUGCUUUUCAGGAUCUGCCUGAGCUGCGAACACUCUCUCUGAACGGAGCCGCAGAUCUCACCGAGUUCCCAGAUCUGACGGGAACCAAGAGCCUGGAGAGCCUGACUAUCACUGGCGCUCGGAUCACGUCUCUUCCCAGUUCAGUUUGUGAACAACUUCCAAACCUUCAGCUGCUUGAUCUCUCCUAUAAUCAGAUCCAGAGUCUGCCGAGCUUCUCCGGCUGUGAGAGCGUUCAGAAGAUUGAUUUGCACCAUAACGAGAUAGAGGAGCUGGAGGAGAACACCUUCCACGGUCUGAUGUCACUGCGCUCGCUAGAUUUAUCGUGGAACAGAUUAUGGUCGGUGAAGCGGAACUCUUUCUCUGCUCUGCCGGCGCUCAGCAAACUGGACCUGUCGUCCAAUCAGCUGUCGGCUCUGCCUCUGAUUGGUCUGCAGAGUUUGACUCACCUCCGAUUGGCUGGAAACUCAGAGCUGAUGGAGCUGAUCCAACGAGAAGAGCUGCCCCGAGUCAGGGUGAUGGAGCUUCCUUACGCCUUCCAGUGCUGUGCCUUCGUCUCCUGUGAGAGAAGAGGUGCAUCAUGGGAGAAAGAGGAGGCGGUAGACUCUACAGGGAAAGAAACCUCCGUCAUCUCCAGCCAAGUGGAUCAGGACUGGGAGGAUUUCCUGAUGGAGUUUGAAGACGAACCUAAACUUCAACACACAGUUCACUGCAGCCCUGCACCUGGUCCGUUCCGCCCCUGCCUCCACCUUCUGGGCAGCUGGUUGGUCCGUUUGGGGGUGUGGCUGAUCGCUGCGCUCUCAUUGGUUAGCAACAGCCUGGUCGUCCUGUCCGUCUUCUUCUCCCCCGUUGCCUCGGUAACCCCCCCCAAGCUGCUGAUUGGUCUGCUGGCUCUGGUGAACGGCCUGAUGGGAGUUUGGAGCGGCUGGCUGGCGGCCGUCGACGCCUGGACCUUCGGAAACUUCUGGAGGUACGGAGCGCGCUGGGAGAGCAGCUUCCUGUGUCGCCUCAGUGGUUUCCUGUGUGUGUUCGCCUCUCAGACCGGACUCUUCCUGCUCACUGUCGCAGCUCUGGAGCGCUGCACGGCCGCCUCAUCCCGAAACAAACCUGACGGACACAACGGUCGCUUUUCGCCACCACUCACCCUCCGUCUCUCCAUCUGUUCCUGCUUCCUGUUUGGACUCUUCGUCACUCUCCCCCCCCUGGUGGUCGGUCACAGUACUUCCUCUCUCUGCCUUCCUCUUCCCUCCUCUUCGUCCUCUUCCUCCUUUUCCUCCCUGGUGUUCUCCGUCUCUCUGGUGCUCCUGGACUCGUUGUGUUUCCUCCUCAUGACGCUCGCUUACACUCGUCUCUACUGCCGCCCGGAAAAAACUCCACAAACCACCACCACCACAGAAGAAGAAGAAGAAGAAGCAUCGUUUACUCGACAUGUCGCAUGGCUGCUUUUUUCCGACUGCCUCCUCUUCCUCCCUGUCGCCUUUCUCUCGUUUUCCUCGUUGCUCCGUCUUCCCGUUGCCGAUCCAGAAGCGGUGAAAGCGUUGAUUCUCCUCGUGGCGCCGCUUCCCUCGUGCGUGAAUCCACUUCUUUUCCUCCUGUUCAACGUGGCGGCGAGGCACGAUUUGGCCGCACUGCUGAGACUCUGCAGAGGAAGAGGACGAGGAGGAAGGAGGAGGACGGCGGCCAUGUUGGAUUCCACGUACAACGACAAUGAUGAAGACGCGGAGAAGCAGUCGUGCGACUCGACGCAGGCGCUGGUGGCGGUCGGAGGAACGAGGGAGGAAGAGGAAGAGGAAGAGGAGGAAACAGGAAGGAGUGAAAAGCGUUCAGAGGCGUUUGUUAUUCCGCUUCAAUAGACUGUUAGAGAAGCGACCUUUGAUCCUUCUGGGUCAUCGAGAAGGCCAUUCGACUACAGCCAAUGACUUCCUAUUGGACAACACACACACA